AUGACGCAAACUCUCACCGAUACCGAGACAUCGCCCAUUUAUUUGGUCUCUGCAGCCAGAGUCAGGGUCAUCAACCCCAACUACUACAAGAUAGACUGGGACCUGGACAGCGAGAUCGCGGUGGCUAAGUUUGUCCGCAAGUCGUUCCAGUCCGCGCCGUUGAAGCACAUCAUCGCGGAGGAUAUCUAG